AUGGAUGCCAUCGACGAUGCUGUCUCGAGUGAUUUCAUCAUGUUAGACCCGAAAAUCGAAAUAGAAGAGUUAAUGAAGUUAGACGCCACUGUAAAUGAUGGAGAAGAGGGACGAAUCGCAGAAGGCGGUGGUGUCACUGGAUGUACCGUACCAGGGAUAGAAAUUAUCAUCCCUGUAGGUGGUAUGGACUUCAACAUGCCCCGCAUGAACAUGGCCUGCAUAACCUAUCCUAUUGGCUUUUACGACAGUCCCAAGCAACCUGAUCAGAAACCACAAAUCCGACACGAUUGCAUGUGGGCCGGCACAUGUGCGGAUCUAUCACAUCCAGAAAAGAGCAGUACGGGAUGCAGAGGAUGCACUCGUCACAACCCGCUUCAACAGCAGCAGCAGCAGCAGCAGCCGCCGCAACAACCACAACAGACUUCAGUAGCUGAUACGUAUGAAAAUAUGUCGUUGUUGGCUUCGAAGAAUUAUCUUAAAGUAACAAAUAUUGUGGAGCCACCACUAGGAGCAACUGGUGAAACGGUGAAGAGUGUGGCGGGCAGUGUGGAGGGAACCUGUGCACUACCUACUUCCCAAACCUUACCAGUAGCCCAGAAGUCGGCAAUAAAUAGUAUGCGGACGCCGUUCAAAGCGGCGCAAAGCUCAGCUCAGAUACCUGCUGGUAGCUCUCUGCUCAUCAAACGCCAACUGUCCUCCGCCAUGCUCAGUCAGAGCUGCAAACACUUACCACCAUCGCCACCAUCAUCAUCGGAAAGCUGUACCAGCAGCAGCGAAGGUGGCAGUGAAGCAGGCGAUCCGAAUCUACAGGUGCUACGUGUACCGCAUCUUUCGCGUGGAUCCUUCCUAGCGGGACGUGAGCAGGAAGCACGCAGUAUAGCGGUACAAAACCAUGCACGGCCCGAUACUCCACUUAGUCUGGACGAUGAUCCUCCCGAGUUCAAGCAUAACCUCGACCUGGUGGCUACAUGUACCAUAGGUUCAAACCAGCAGAGCCUACUGCAUACCGCGUCCUCAUCAUCAUCGGCAACUUCCGGCUCGUCGGGUGUACCAUCUUCCUCCGACAAGGGUAGCACGACCACUGCCGCUGCCAACCGCACCGGUACCAACUUCAGUACAGCAACAACGUCGGGUGCAGAAUCUCGUACAGGUGCGCUUUACGGUCGUUUGGGUGAAAGCUGUAAUUGCAAUGGUGAAAGUAGCACUAACAUCAGCAAUAUAAGUGGAGUCAGUUGCCAUACUACCCAGUGCCUCUUCAAUUACCUGCAGGAUACGAGCAGCGUAGAGGACAUGCGUAAUAAGCAGCAGCUGCGUGAGCAAGUGCGGCUGCUCGAUGAUCCGAAUAGCUUGGGUUCGUUCUCGAACCACCACCAUUAUCAUAAUCAUUACUCACCCCCUCACGUACUGCGAUCAGAUUCACCGGACAGUCAGCUAGAACAGCUGCUGAUCGAUUUGCGCGAGAUCGAGGGAAGUAGUGAGACGCGCAGCUUCCUGAUGGAUGAUCACCAUACCGUACCGGAAGCAUCCAGUGUUCUUGCAAAAGACAAUUUGCAACCCUCACUGCACCCUCAGCAGCACCAACAUCAACAUCUGCAGCAACAGGGACAGCGCAAUCAAUCAUCUCUAGCGCAGUGCGGAGGUGGGCUGAGCGGUGGUGCGCAUACCGCGUGCAACAAGGAGUGCUGCUGGAGCAGUCAGGAACUGUCUCAUCAUUUGGCGUCGCCCAAUAAUGAGCGUAAGCGGCGGCAUCAGUUCGCCCAUCGGCGGCGGAGCAUAACCGCUCGUGGAUGGAUAAGCGAUGACGAUGAGGACGAAGAGGAUGAUCUGCUAAAACAGUUGGACGAAGAUGAAGACGAUUAUGAGAAGCAUUUGGAACAGAUAGCGCCCGAUAUCAAUCACGCCUACCCCAACCAAACCUGGGAGGACGACGAAGAAGACGAUGAAGAUGAAGAAGACGAAGAGGAGAGUGAGGAGGAUGAUGACGAAAAGGAUGAUCAAGAGGCGGACGAAGAUGAUGAGGCGGAGGAAGACGCACAGCACGGCAGCAUGUACGAUGAUAAUCGUCGGAGCAGGAGCAAAAGCAGAGGCUCCAGGAGUCGGUAUCACAAUCAAUAUAGCCAUCCCCAGCAUAGGCGGAUAGCACGCGCAUCCUACCAUCCGUACGAUGGUGAGAUGUACAGCAAUGGCAAAAACCAGAAGCUGCCAGCUACCAAUUUGCUUGCGAACGGUUCAAUCAAUACGAUCAUCGCCGGUUCCGGUGCAUCCCUCAAGUCAUCGAUUCUCGGUUCGAAAAACUAUACGAGCUGCACCACUAAUGGCAGUUUGAGCAACGCUGUCGUAACUUCUAUUAGUGGCACUGCGCAACAGCCAGCUAGUGCCACCAGCAACUCCUACCAGGCGACACACUUUGGUGAUCAUAGCUACACCCGCCCGAAGGGUGGCUACAACAUGAACGAGCUUGGCGUACAGACACCAUCUGACUCUGAUGAGGAAAUCGACGUGGUGUCUGUUGGUGAUAAAAACCUCCCGACAAACCCGACCGAACGCGACUAUCGCCAUUUGCAAUCAGAGGUAGCGAGCAAGAUACGCACGGCUUCGUCUCGCAGCACCACGAAUGGUUCGCUGCAGUACAGUUCCGGUGCGCACCAUCAUCACUACCAGCGUCAGCAUCAGCUGGCCGAUGGUCCGAGACAGGGCCUUAACCAUCUCGGCGGUAUCUAUCCCACGCCGGCCGGCUCAACGACGAUAUCGGGUGCCAACACACCGCUACCAACGAGAAGUGGUGGUGCUAGUGCCGCAUCUUCGCCACCUCCCGCCUGCACCACCAACUCGUCCGGUUCAUCAUCGCGGAAAAGGCCGGUCGGUGGUGGGAGCAGCAAACGUUCGUCCAACUCGAGCAAACGAAUGCGGUUGGCUUAUGCGAAGCGCGGUGACGCCGGCCGGUACGAUCCGGGUGCGCAGGCACUUGCCGAAGAGCUGGAUACGGUGGAGAAACGCAACCUGCACAACAACCUCGAACGGCAGCGCCGUAUUGGGUUGAAGAAUUUGUUCGAGGAGCUGAAACGCCAGAUACCGCAACUACGCGACAAGGACCGUGCGCCGAAGGUAAACAUUCUGCGUGAGGCUGCUACCCUUUGCACCCGUUUAAAUCAGGAGGCCGAACAACUGAAUGAGCUUCGUCAGCAGCAGAUAAAGCUGUACGAACGCGUGCGCUAUUUGCGUGCCUCAUCGCACAGUUGUCGGCUCAGUAUGGAGUAA